UAGAAGUUAAAGUAUUUGUCAAAAUAUUUAGUCUUUUUAAAUAGUAGCUACCUCGGUCAGAGUUACUUCAUAACCGUAACGUUCGACCAUAACCCAAAUCUGUUAUGUCGGCAAAGGUGUAAAGCGAAAACUGUACAGCAUUCAACAUGUAUGCCAUUGGAGCUAAGAUUUUGAAACCCCAUAAUGAAAAGCCCGAUGAAUUGGAAAAUACAAUAUCUCAAGCUCUUCUAGAGCUUGAAUUAAACAGCGAUUUGAAAGCUCAACUGCGAGAAUUGUACAUAGUUGGUGCUAAAGAAGUUGAUGUGGAUGGAAAAAAGGCUUUAGUUAUUUCUGUCCCCGUCCCUCAAUUAAAAUCCUUUCAAAAAAUUCAAGCUAGACUUGUAAGAGAACUGGAAAAGAAAUUCAGUGGCAAACAUGUUGUCUUUAUUGCUCGAAGAACAAUUCUGCCUAAACCCACAAGGAAAAUGAAGGUGAAGAAUAAGCAAAAGAGGCCCAGGAGCCGUACUCUUACUGCUGUUCAUGACGCCAUUCUUGAAGAUCUAGUAUUCCCUGCUGAAAUAGUAGGCAAAAGGAUAAGGGUGCGUUUAGAUGGAUCUAGACUAAUGAAAGUACAUUUAGAUAAAACACAGCAGACUAAUAUAGAACAUAAAACUGAUACGUUUGCUGCUGUUUAUAAGAAGCUCACUGGCAAAGAGGUUACAUUCGAAUUUCCUGAGCCAUUGUUCUAACUGAACUUGUAAAUCUACUUUAAAAUUAAAAAAUAUCGAGAAAGACAA